GUCGUCCUCCGGUGGCGACGUGGCUGAAAAUGUACGGUACUGAUCUUUGAGAGGACUCUCGGAAUCGAAACGUCUAUUUGACCGAGAGAGGCCAAAGAAAGGAACCUAAAAAAAUCCUAUCAGCCGAGGACGAAAUUCACCUUAAAAGACAAGGCAUCUCUCUCGUUGGCGACUCUUUUUUUCUCCGUAAACUCGCGUCCAUCUAGAAGUGAACAUUCCAACGUAUGACAGACGCGCUUAACCCAGUAGUCCAGAUUCCAAUUUCCACGAAGGUGAUCUGGUCUCACAUCCGCUCUCCCUCGUUCGACACACAUUUGUCUGACCUCCGAGCAACUUUACAUAUAAAAACCUCAAACUGACCCCCCACACUUCUUCAAAUCCAACCAUCAUUCCUAUCCAAUCUGGAGAAAAAUUUAGCCAGAACCUCUAAUUAGUUACAGGGUUUUCCAAGACAUUGGGGAUGGCGGAAUCCAACCACAACGGCAGGGUUGACGAGGAGGCGUUGCUGAAGAUGGAGGAGGCAAAGCGCAAGAAGAGGAUGAAGUGGACGAUUGGCAUCAUUGCCUUCGUUAUCUUUCAGGUAGUCCAAGCUCUCUUCUUUGUGCUGGUUAUUAUGAAGUUCAAGUCCCCCAAGUUUAGGGUCAGUGAGUUCGACAUCCAAACAUUGAACGUCGGGACUCAAGCCUCGCCCUUGUUCGACAUGAGUUUUGCCGCUCCGAUUCGGGUCAAGAACACGAACUGGGGUCCCUUCAAGUACGAUGCCACCACGGUGGACUUCACCUAUGGAGGUGUUCAGGUGGGACAAGCAGCAAUUCCAAAGAGCAAGGCCAACUUCAAAUCCACCAAGAAGAUCGAUGUGAACGUGACUCUUAGUUCAAAUACCUUGCCCAGCACUUCGAAUCUUGGGAGCGAGUUGAGUUCAGGGAUCAUAACAUUGAACAGUCAAGGUGCGCUUAAAGGAAAGGUGACAGUCAUGUUUAUGUUCAAAAAAACGAAGACCUCCCAAAUGAAUUGCACCAUGGCAAUCAAUAUAGCGACAAAGACAGUCCAAUCCUUGUCCUGCAAAUGAGGAUUAGAGAGUGCGACCUCCAUUAGAAUGCUUGCUGGCUUUUCUUUUCUUUUUUUUCUU